AGGAAGAUCCAGGUUCGUGAGGAGCCCGCCUCUCGUAGGCUCACGGGAGGGCGGGGCCUCGAGCCCGGGGGCGGGGCCUAGGUCUCAGGGUCCGCCCCCGCUGUCUCGCCCACUUGCCACCACCCGCUCCACCCCCGUUCUUUUCGGUUAUUUUCUGCUACGGCCGUUCCCCGCCCUGCCCUGGGCCCAGGGGGCCGCGGUCUGAACUUUGGUCUGCUGGAGGAGUCGGUGAGUGGGAACCCCUGGGCGAAGGCGGGGCCAGGGCGGAGUUGGAGAAAGGGGUGGGGCCUGAGUGUUGAAGCCGGCCGUAGACCAGGAGCCGGCCAAGUUUAGGAGUGAGGCCCGAAGAUCUGCCGCUGCCUGGGAAGAGGGCGAGACUCAAAUGAUCGACACAGAGAGAGGGACCGUUGGGUUGGAGUCCCCGACCUCCGUCAGAAAUGGGGAACGUGCAGUCGGAGCCGUCCGCGGGCGGGGGCUCCCGAAAAGAGCAGGCCUCGGACCGCUCCUCUGACUCCCGCCGGACGUCCCUGGUGGAGCCCGAGGUGACCCCCUCCUCCCCGGCCAUGCGCCUGGCUCGCGGGCUGGGCGUCUGGUUCCCUGGCAGCUCCGCGCACCCGGGAAUCCUGGUACCCCCGGAGCCCCAGGCCUUAGAACUGCCCUCGCCAGCGACGCCCCUUUCAGAGGCGGCGGCUGCGGCCGCGAUCUCCACACAACCCCCGCCCCCCGUGGGGCCCCUGCUGCCCGUGCCGUCUAAGUGGCGAAAACCCAUGGGCACUCCGGUGCCUCGGGUCCGCGGUCUGCUGGAGGCGAGCCACCGCGGCCAGGGCGAUCCUCCGAGCCUCCGUCCGCUGCCGCCGCCGCCCCGGCAACUACCUGGAGAGGACCCCAACUCCGUCCCGAGGGCCCCAUCCCCUACUCCGCCACGCUUGGAGCCGCGGAAGCCGCCACCACCGCCACCUUCCGACCGGCAGCCCCGGGACCACAGAAUCACUCCUGCUCUGGCCACAGGCGCCACACCCCCCGCCGAAAGCCAGGUCGGGUACUGCGGCCAGGGCCACACGGCCGGCGGAGCCCGCAGGGGGGCGCUUCCCCAAGCGGGCGAGCGCGAGACGGCCCGGCCUGCGGUGUCCGAGUCCGGCCUGAGCCUGCUGUGCAAAGUCACCUUCAAGUCGGGGCCCAUGUUGGCCCCUCCCGCAGCCUCGAGUUCCUUGGCGGCCAAAGCCUCGCUGGGGAGCGGCGGCGGACUCUCCGCUGCCGCCCCGGGUUCCAUCUCUUACGCUGAGGUCCUGAAGCAGGGGCCCCUGGCUCCCGGGGCCGCGCGACCCUCGGGCGAGGUCCCUCGGGGGACUCAGGAAGCAGAAGGCGGUGAUGGAGACGGCGAGGGGUGUUCUGGUCCCCCCUCGGCGCCUGUGUCCCACGCCAGGGCCCUACCGCCGCCACCCUACACCACUUUUCCAGGCUCGAAGCCCAAAUUUGACUGGGUGAGCCCUCCCGACGUCCCUGAACGCCACUUCCGCUUCAACGGAGCCGGUGGCGGUGUCGGGGUGCCCCGACGGCGCGCGGCAGCGCUCUCAGGGCCCUGGGGCUCCCCACCGCGUCCGCCAGGACACGCGCACCCAGCCCCCGGGCCCCGGAGGCCCGCACCGGCCCUCCUGGCGCCGCCUAUGUUCAUCUUCCCGGCGCCCACCAAUGGCGAGCCUGUGAGCCCCGGGCCCGGACGCCCACUGGAGUUGCCGCCCCCGCCGCCGCCCCCGCCGCCGCCCCCGCCGCCGCCCGCGCCGCCGCCGACUCCGCAGCCGCGGGUGCUCCAGUCCACGCCGCUCCCCGUGGCCCGCCCUCCCACCCCACACCCGGGCCACUUGAAGUCGGUUCUGGCCCCCGCCCCAGCUCCCACUCUGCCCCUUGCCUUGGCUGCCGACCAGGCCCCCGCCCCGGCCCCGGCCCCGGCCAUGGCCCCGGCCCCGACCCCGCCACCGCUGCCUGCGCCCGCGCCCGCACCCAUCAAGGCCCGCACGCGCAGAAGCAAGGGCCCCCGCGCAGCCCGAGGCGCGACCCGUGAGGACUGCGCACCCGGAGACGGUCCUCGGGAACGUACUGCAGCUACCGUGACUGACAGUGGCGAUGGAGGGGGUGGUGGCGGCGGGGCUCCUCCAGUGGGGAUGGUUAAUGCGGGCACCAGGCGCCACUGGCCGCCCUUCCAGGUGCUUAACUCUUGUCCCUGCAAGUGUUACUGCCGCCACCAGCCACGUCAUCGCCGUCUACCACGCAACGUGUCUGCCUGGCUGAGCACGCCCACCAACCACCUGAGUGAGCCACCCUGGGUUGCCACCAUCAAGCUGGCUGGCUCCCUGGUGGCCGGGCUGGAGCACUACGACUUGCAGGCCACCCAUUCCAACUGAGUGCAGUCUGCUCAGCGCCCUCUGCCUCCCCCUUGACAAUAAAAUAACCAUCCAGAUGUCUACCGGUUAGUCACUUGCUUAGGGUUGAAUGGAGGGGGUGGGCUAGGGCAGAGGUCUCCAUGAAAGCACUUCUUGGAUACAGUUAAGGAGGCUGGACCCAGAAGAGCGUAACAGAGGUCCCAUUUAUUCAGUACCUGGACUGACAGGCCCAGGGGUGAGUCUCAUUACCCUUAGUAACGUCAGCCCAAAUGCUGAGCCAAGCUGACGCCAAGCUGAGCUGUUAGCACAGAUCCUUCUGGGGAGCAGGGGUGAUCAUUCCUUCUACAACAGAUGUGGAAACGGACCCUGGAAGACUUGGUUGAAAAUCCCACAUCCCACAAAUGGCUCAGCCAGAUCUGGACUCUGCCUUAAAUACCUUCUGGAGAACUUCAAGGCAGGAAGCACAAGCGGGGGGUGGUGCAGGAGAGUGGAAGUUACAGCACUGUCUCAGGAAGGCUGGGAAUCAGGGCAAGACCAUGCCAGGGCCCACAACUCCCGUUCCAGAGGUCUCAAACUGGUAGCCCACAGAACCACAGGGUUCCAUUUCACAUGUCAUUUAAUAAACGUUUAAUUGCAAACA